AGCCAUUUAAACGCGUAGAAUUACUUAGUCGAGCUGCUCUGAACUCAGCUGUUCCACAACUUGGAAGCUGACGGACCCGAGAACGCCUUCACGCUUCGCUGACAUCAGGUGACCAUGACUUCCGGAUGCAAAAACGAUGAUUUGUUUCGCAACAUGAACAGCCUGUUGGGAAACACGUUGGACCUGCGUGGUAUAGAACCCGUUACUGCUGCUGUAGUUGCAACUAAUACUACAGAAAUACAAUCGUGUCCACCAGCGCAAUACACAACGUGGUCGGCGCAAGCAGGUUCUCCGAACAAAAACGCAACAUCUCUGCAACAAGGUGGAAAUAAAGAUAUCAGCAAUCUACUGAAUAAAUUCUCGGAGAUAAACGCCGCCAACAAGGAUUCAAGUCAACAUACGUCAUUUUCCAAGCUCCUGAAGCAACAGACUGGCGAUAGUGACGUUUCGUCAGCACCCAAGGCGAACUCGGACGUACAGCAGCGGCUAAAGGAUCUACAGAACCCAAUUUUAACCCUUAGAAGAUCAAUGUCGGAAGGCAGCGCAACUGCCCACAUGCAUCAGAAGGGCUACUCCCAUCAAGACCUCCAGGCGUUGAACGAUUACUAUGCUGAUCAAGCCAAACUGGAAUUUGAUGCAAAAAUCCGGCAGUUGGUGAACAGACAAGGUUGUCGUUCAGAUUUCCAGACCCUUAUCGAACAGCUGCAAGUUCCCAGACGUAGUAUUUCUACAGAAGCAUACCCCAAUGUAUUUAAAGAUGGAAUGAGAACAUCACUUGACAGUAGCGUUGCAGGACGUAGCGAUGGUCGAAGCAGUCAAUCGUCUCCUGAUCCCAACGAAUUCUCAUCGUUUAGUAACGGAAGCUAUUUCAGUUCUUCCGGAUCGGAUCCCGUUUCUAUUUCAGAACUUGUGAACGGACUACAAGGGUUACGUCUCAGCACGAACCCCGAAGCUUUCUUGCCAUCGAGCGGCAUCGAUGUCUCGCAUUCAAGCGUUGACCUUAUCGAAUCAUCGACUCCAAGGCAACAAAUCGGCGGGCACGUCGGCCAGGCAAUCCCGCCGAAUAUCAAUCCGUUCGCCGAUCAAUUGCUUGAUGUCGCUUCGCUGUAUGGGGUGUCGGAUAAAAUGGAGUACGACGCGCGUCUACACCGAUCUGCUGCAGCCACAUGUGAAGCAACCUGCACUUGGAGCGGACAGCUCCCGAUCCGCCACUACGCUAAUCCAACGUACUCGCCCAAAGUUUUCGUUGGUGGAGUUCCAUGGGACAUUACUGAAGCUGCAUUGCACAUGACUUUUAAACCGUAUGGACUUGUUCGAGUAGAAUGGCCGGGUAAAGAUAUGAAAGGACCGAGAUAUCCGUUGAGAGCUGGGUACGUAUACCUGUUAUUCGAAAGCGACAAGUCGAUUAAGAGUCUUCUGCUCAACUGCACACAUGACGUCACCACCAAUGAGUGUUUCUUCAGGUUGUCCAGUCGGCGCAUGCGCAGUAAGGAAGUGCAGAUCAUUCCAUGGGUCGUAUCGGACAGUAACUUUAUCCGCGUCCCUUCUGCGAGAUUGGAUGCCAACAAAACGAUAUUCGUGGGAGCCUUGCAUGGAAUGCUAACUGCUGAGGGCUUGGCUAAGGUUAUGAACGAUCUGUUCGACAAUGUUGUCUACUCCGGCAUCGACACUGAUAAAUACAAAUAUCCAAUCGGAUCCGGCCGAGUUACUUUUAGUACUCACUCGAGUUACAUGAAAGGCGUACGAGCUGCCUUCGUUGAGAUUCGAACCCCAAAGUUCACAAAGAAGGUUCAGAUUGAUCCUUACUUGGAGGACUCAGCUCUGUGUAACAUGUGUCAGGUGCAACAAGGGCCUUACUUCUGCAGGGAGCUUCCUGAUUGCUUCAAGUAUUACUGUCGUCAAUGUUGGGAAUGGCAACAUUCUAUUGGUGACUUCCGCAAUCACAGACCACUCAUGCGGAACCAGCGUCGUAGAUUUUAACUCUCCUCCAAAAAUCCUUUUUUGAGUUGAAUUUUUUUUUUUUUUCAAAAAAUAAGUUACCCUAAAAAUGAAAUUUAACGUUUAAUUUCCUGACUUUUAUUAUUCAAUCAGAUUCUUAAUAUUUUAAAAGAUCACUUUUUAUUCCUAAGCAAAAACCCACUAGAACACUAAAUUUUUAAAUUUACAGCGAAAAAAAAGACGUUUUAAGCAAAGGAUAUAUAUAUAGUAACAUUCUGUAUCCGGGCCUGCGUGUAUUUAUUUAUUUAUGGUUUUUGUUAUUGAUUUUCUUUGCAACGUAAGUGUAAAUAUUUAAGAAAUUUAUUAUUUUCCCCGGGAUCAAUAUACCAUCCGUGGUAAUUAUUUGAAUUCCCGGGCAUUUUCAGUUCUUACUUUGCUAUUAUUUUUUAAGUCCCAAUGUUUUUGUUCUUUUACAUCGCGUAUACGUGUGCCACCGCUCGUCAAAUGGCACGAACUUUAACCCUGCAAAGAUAUACCGUAGCGAAACAUUCGGUAAUUUGCCUCCCAAUUUCCGUCUUCCCCGUGCUAAAGAUUCGUGCUCUUUGGCGACCUGGUGCGGUUGGAUUUUUAUGUAAUUUCACAAUUUCAAACUUCCCUCGUCAGCUUCAAACAUACCUUUUCCCCCUACGUUGCAUUUUAAGUAUAGUUUCCAAGCUACAUCAGUUAAGUUGUUAAGAUCUCUUUUUGUCCCAAUUUCCUUUUAGAUUUCCCACAAAGUUUAUUAUGUAUUUAUAACUCCGUUGUGAUUACAUUUUAGUGUUCAGGACUGCUCGGCGCAACGUUUAGUUUUAUUUGGCGCCCAGCAACCUCAGGGCCGUUGUUUUUUAUAUUUUAACUCUUCGGCCUAACUGCCAAGUGACCGCCCACAAGCUAUAACUUCAUUUUACACCGGUGGCUUGCUUAAAUGGUGUCGGGUUUACAGUUCAAUUUCAAUAGUUCAACCUCCUUUUACUGUGCACCUUUUUUAAUGUGCAAGUUCGUUUUAUGAUCUCGAACCACGUCGCCGGAGAGCACAGGGGAAGGCCGGCAUUUGCAGACCAAAUUCCCGUCAAAUUUCUCUCCGACCCCGAUGUGGUUCGACCUGUUUUUUGUCGUAUAGUUCAAGGUGAUCUGGUCGUUAUAUUUCAAUUGUCAGUCCGUUCCGUGUAGUGUUGUAUAUGUUUCCUCGCAUUCGCGAUUGCCGUUGUCACGCCCUCGCUUGUCGAGGCUGCUCAGGCUUCUUAUUUCGCAUUUCCCAUGCGUCAAUUUUGUUCAAUACAUUCUUCUCACUGCAUUAUAAA